UCGGCAGCGGCGGCAGAUCGCCCCGGCUCGUCCCCCCCAGCAGCACCGAGCAGGCAAAGAUGCUGGGUGGGAGCACGCUGGCACUGGCGCUGGUGCUGUGCCUGCUCCUGCCCUGCGCCGGGCAGCAUCACCGGGAGGAGGCCGAGCGCAUCAUGACAACCACGCCGGUCAUCGACGGGCACAACGACCUGCCCUGGCAGCUCCUCAAGAGGUUCAACAACCAGCUGGGGCUGCCGGAGGCCAACCUCGUGCUGCUGAACGGCACCCACACCAACAUCCCCAAACUGCGCAGCGGGCACGUGGGCGGGCAGUUCUGGUCGGCGUACGUGCCCUGUGACACGCAGAACAAGGACGCGGUGAAGCGCACGCUGGAGCAGAUCGACGUGGUGCACCGCAUGUGCGAGCUCUACCCCGAGACCUUCGCCUGCGUCAUCGACAGCGCCGGCAUCCAGCAAGCUUUCCAGAGCAAGAAGGUGGCCAGCCUCAUUGGGGUGGAGGGCGGCCACUCCAUCGACAGCAGCCUGGGCGUCCUGCGCACCUUCUACCGCCUGGGCGUCCGCUACAUGACCCUCACCCACAGCUGCAACACCCCUUGGGCUGACAACUGGCUGGUGGACACCGGGGACGAGCCUUCCAUGCACCACGGCCUCUCGCCCUUCGGGAAGACAGUGCUGGAGGAGAUGAACCGCCUGGGCAUGAUCGUGGACCUGGCCCACGUCUCGGUGGAGACGAUGAAGGUCGUGCUGAGCCUCUCCAAAGCCCCCGUCAUCUUCAGCCACUCGUCUGCCUACAGGCUCUGCCCGCACCGCCGCAACGUGCCCGACGACGUGCUGAGGAUGGUGGCCUCCACGGGCAGCCUGGUGAUGAUCAACUUCUACAACGCGUACGUGACGUGCAGGGACACGGCCACGCUGGCCGACGUCGCAGACCACAUGGACUACGUGAAGAAGGUGGCCGGCGCCCAGUCCGUCGGCUUUGGCGGGGACUACGACGGGGUCACAAGGGUCCCCACCGGCCUGGAGGACGUCUCCACGUACCCCGCGCUGGUGGCCGAGCUGCUGGCGAGGAACUGGACGGAGGCAGAAGUGAAGGCAGCCCUGGCCGAAAACCUGCUCCAUGUCUUCAAGAAGGUGGAGGAGGUGAAGACAACCCUGCAAGGCAUGGCUGCCCGCGAGACGCCCAUCGCCUUCGAGGAGCUGGAGGGGACGUGCAGGACCGGCUAUGGGUACGCCAACAGUGCCGGCACAGCCCGGCUCCCGCCGGCAGCCCUGGCGCUGGCCCUGGCCCUGCUCUGCUCCCUGCUCUCCUAGCACCCAGCCCCGGCUCCCGCCGCAGCCCCAGCACCCUGCCCGGCAGGAUGCCGGCGGCUGGUCCGGCGGCCGCCGUGCCGGGCCCAACCCUGCCGCCCCUUCCCACCUGCGCGCCGGCCCCGCGAGCAAAAUA